AUGCAUUCCGAGAUGCCAUCCUGGCAGAAGGCAGCCCAGGCUAAACGCCAGGCUAUUUUGAACGCGAUUCCCCAGAAAUGGAGAAUUCAGUAUGACACCCUACCAGUUGAUGUCACGGGUGAAUUCAUUCAGGGGUACUUGACUCCUCGUGAAAUAGAGAUUACCGAAUCCGAUGCUAUUGCGAUCACAAGUCAAACCACCUCAGGAAGUUGGAGUGCUGUCGAAGUGACGGAAGCUUUCUGUCAUAGAGCUGCUAUUGCUCAUCAACUUGUCAAUUGUCUACAUGAGGUAUUCUUCGAAGAUGCUAUUCGUGUUGCUAAGGAGCUCGACGAGCAUCUGGCAGCAACAGGGACACCCAAAGGCCCGUUGCAUGGACUUCCAGUAAGUCUGAAGGAUCAAUUCCAUGUCAAAGGCGUCGACACAACCAUGGGCUACGUGGGCUGGAUCGGAACCUUUCAGGGCAAAAAAGACGAUCCUCGCCAUAGAGUGGCAGAGAGUGAACUAGUACGGGAAAUUCGCAACCUCGGAGCUGUGUUGUUUUGUAAAACCAGUGUACCCGUCACACUCAUGUCAGGAGAGACAACAAAUCAUAUUAUUGGUUAUACGUGGAACCCCAAGAAUCGCCAUCUAUCGAGUGGUGGAAGUUCUGGCGGAGAAGGGGCUCUAAUUGCGCUCCGCGGUUCACCGGCGGGGUUCGGUACCGAUAUUGGUGGUAGUGUUCGGAUUCCUGCUUCUUUUAACGGAAUUUUUGGGCUGCGCCCAUCUGCAGGAAGAAUUCCGUAUGAAGGCGCAGCAAACUCCAUUGACGGCCAAAACACCAUUUUGUCAGUCAUUGGCCCGUUGGCGACAAGUAUUGGGGGAUUGAAGUUACUUUUCAAAGCCAUCCUCUCCCAGGAGCCAUGGCAGUAUGAUCCUCUCUCUUUGCCGUUACCAUGGAGAGAUCAUGUUGUGGAUCAAACGAAGAAGUUGAUUACAAAGAAGGAUGGUACAUCUUCUCAACUUACCUUUGGUAUCUUGCGGCAUGAUGGACGUGUCGAACCUCAGCCGCCGGUGAAGGUAGCUAUGGACUUUAUGGAACGCAUUUUGAAGGACUCGGGCCACCAGGUCAUAGAAUGGGACCCUGAUUUGUGUCGCGAAGGCCAAGAAAUUGCGAGCGAAAUCUACGAUAUGGACGGUGGCGAAGACCUUCUGAGUCACAUUGCCUUGUCAGGAGAGGAACAGAUUCCUCAGUGCUCCGUUGAACCAGUCAAGCCCUUCAACGCCCGGGAGGUAGCGGAACUCAACGUGCGGAAAAGGGAAUACCAGAAGAGAUAUAUGGACUACUGGAACAGCACGGCCAAGUUGACUACCACAGGAAGGCCAGUUGAUGCUGUCAUCUGCCCAACCGCACCUCAUGCAGCUGUUAUUCCAGGAAAGUACCGUCAUACUGGAUAUACUACGUUUAUCAACACUCUGGAUUAUACAAGCUUGGUAGUCCCUGUAUGCUGUGCUGACAAGUGUCUUUCGUCCAUGACCGAACGGUCAAAGUAUCUGAGUGAGUUGGAUCGCAAGAUAUAUGAAGAUUACGAUCCGGAAAUUUACCACGGAGCACCCAUUGGACUACAGUUAUUCGGCAGGCGGUUGGAGGAAGAAAAGAUCAUUACGAUCGCUGAAUAUCUUUCCGAGAAAGUCAAAGUUUAUACCGGACAAUGA